AUGUCUCAACAAAAAAUCAAUAUUCUUAUAGGAGCAACGGGGAGUGUUGCAAGUAUUAAGAUACCACUUUUAGUUCAAUCACUUCUUCAGUAUGAAAAUGUUGAAAUAAAAGUUGUAACAACGGAUAAUGCCCUGCACUUUUUUAAUAAAGAAUCUUUAACAAAGGAAUUAGGUGUUGAAGUCACAACGGAUGCUGAUGAAUGGAAGGCCUGGAGUAAAAUGUCUGAUCCAGUUUUACAUAUAGAGUAUCGCAAUUGGGCGGAUAUUUUCGUGAUUGCUCCACUUGAUGCAAAUACAUUGGGAAAAAUAGCCAAUGGAUUGUGUGAUAAUCUUAUUACUUGUAUAUUAAGAGCUUGGGAUUUGACACGUCCAGUAGUCGUGUGUCCAGCAAUGAACACAUUUAUGUGGGAUCACCCAUUUACGUCGACACAUUUACGUGUCUUGAGUGAACAACUAGGAUUCCAAGUUAUUCCUCCUAUAUCUAAAAAAUUGGCCUGUGGAGAUUUGGGUGUGGGUGCUAUGGCGGAUGUUAUCACAAUUGUAGAAUAUCUUGUUCAAAAAUUGUCAUUAAAAAAAAUUUAA